GCUUUUCUCUGUAUCCUGAAUAAAAGUAACAUAUCUUAAAAUAAGGUUCUACAGAAAUAUACAUUUAGUAUACAGUUGCUAUCAUGUUUUUGGUUGCACACAUGUUUGUGAUAUUUUAGAAUGCCAUCACCUAUGAUGAUGUGCAUAUCGACUUCACAUGGAAAGAGUGGACUUUGCUGGACACUUCUCAGAAGAAUCUCUACAAAGAUGUGAUGGUGGAGACCUACAGGAACCUCAAUGAUAUAGGAUACAAUUGGGAAGACAAUAGCAUUGAAGAACAUUGUGCAAGUUGUAAAAGACAUGAAAGGCAUGAAGGAAGACAAACUGGGGAGAAGCAUUCUGUAUAUACACAAUGUCUUGAAGCCUUUGCGUGUUACAGUCAUCAUCAAAGUCAUGAAAGAACACAUAGUGGAGAGAAACCCUAUGAAUGUAAUCUAUGUGGAAAAGCUUUUGCUCAUUAUAGUCAUCUUAAAACACAUAAAAGGACACACACUGGAGAGAAACCUUAUGAAUGUAAUCAGUGUGGUAAAGCCUGCCGUUACAGUCAACUUCAUUUGCAUAAAAGGAGACAUACUGGAGAGAAACCCUAUGAAUGUAAUCACUGUGGUAAAGCCUUUGCCUGUUACAGUCAACUUCAAAUGCAUAAAAGGACACAUAUUGGAGAGAAACCCUAUGAAUGUAAUCACUGUGGUAAAGCCUUUGCCUGUUACAGUCAACUUCAAAUGCAUAAAAGGACACAUAUUGGAGAGAAACCCUAUGAAUGUAAUCACUGUGGUAAAGCCUUUGCCUGUUACAGUCAACUUCAAAUGCAUAAAAGGACACAUAUUGGAGAGAAACCCUAUGAAUGUAAUCAGUGUGGUAAA